AUGCCAGCGCUUUCACCGACGGCUCUGGCGGGAACUUUGAUGUCUCGGGCAGAUGCAGGAUUAAACAGUACUGGCGUCAAUGUCGUUUGUGCUUGGCCUCUAUCCAGUCAAUAUGGGCCGGGUUCUCGAGUUCUUUACUAUGUUCUUGUGGCCGCCUGUGUAUUUGCACGCAAGGCAGACUGGCUGAGAAACGCCUGCGUGGGCCUUGCCCUGCUUGUGCCCAUGAUUGCAGCUUUGCAUGGCGUUGUGCUCGCAGCGGUGCAUGUACCAGGCGCUGUCGAUAUGGACGUGUAUGGUGCCUUCCAGCUCUGCGCUAUAGGCGUAUUGGCGGCCCCAGUUGCAGUACGGCAGUCUAGCACAUAUUUCAACGACCCAGGCCGCAACACCAUAUUUGUCUGGGUUCUCGUCCUCUUGAGUGGCUUGGUGUCUUUGACUGUUGAAUUCUAUCGAGUCGAAUCUACGCGUUGUGAGCGCGACGAUAGCAACAAUCUGAUUGAGAGUAUCUCCAGCUUUCCGUACGACAACCUCAGCCGUACUCGCUGUGGACUAGAUCACUGCUCGCCAGAUCGCGGCCAGGGUCCAUUCAGUCCCAUUCGUGGUGGCUCCGCAGAUAACAUAUAUAUCAUUCCAGCUCCAGACAAGCUGACCUCCAACACUGCGAUGCUUCUGGCGGCAGCAUGCUGCAUACCUGCCAUCUUACUGCUCGUCUCAAUGUGGUUCAAGAUCUUGGAAUCCAUCUGGAAGUCUUCAUCCCAAGACGACGAAUCCAACUCCGAGCACGGGGAAGUUGCCGACGAAGCUAGAACUGUCAUAAACACCACCCGAUCAUCGUUGCAACGAGAAAAACCGGACGAUUCCGAAUGCUUCGAGAUCCACAAUGCAGAAGCUGGAGAACGACAAACCGUUAGAACGGCGGCGAAGCCCAAUCGAGUCGCCUUUGCCAUACGAGAAUAUGGCGAGAUCGUAGUCUUUGGUUCAGCUGUGCUGGCUAUAUUAGUUUUGGGGGAACGUAACAUGUUCUCAUCACAAAUACAAUAUCAGCAAGAGCCCAUCGGCAACAUCGGACAAUGGUCUCCCAUCGCAGGCACGAUAUUGGCGAUCCUAGGCUCGGCAUAUCUCCUCUUAGCAGAAGCAAUGGACGAAGAAAAGCAGCACCCGAACGGAACGGGCAUUACUCGAAGCAUUGCACGACUAUUCAUGCGAUUCGGAGAUGGCUUUAGGAACAUAGCACAAAAGCUCUUCGACGAUUCUGAAUUCAGGCGUGGCCGCGCAACUGGUUAUCCGGAAGUUCCUGGAGAAGCCAUCAGGAAUGCUGGACUUUCAGACACCAUCUCAAUAUACAGUCCAUCUGUACGACGAGACUCCAAUGAAAGUGGACACUCUGCUCUGAGCAGACAGCGUUCUGGCACCAUAGACUCGAGUAGGACCAGGACUUCAAUGGCGAAGCGGAGAGAUACCAACGAAUCUCCGGUGGCGAAACGAAGAGAUACUCUAGAGGUCCCUGCAUCGCCGGGACAUCAUGGAUCGCUGCAGGGCAGUCUGAGUCGAUGUGUUUCCGAGACGAUGCCCAUUAUAACAAGGACGGAGAGUCCUGGUACCCCUUCGAUCAUUGUUUCUCCCAGUCCGGUCUAUCGGCCAGAUCAAAUACCAAAAUCGAGACGCCAUACGAUGGAAUCCAAUAUGAGAUAUGAGAGACCGGGGCCGAGCACCUUGGAGCCUGGAUGA